AAUGAAGCCCUUGGUUUCCAAAGAAGGCUAAGGAUCCAAUAAGAAGACCUUAACUGUUCUUCUCUAUCCCAGCUGGACAAUGGCCACUAACAAUCCAUUAACUACUUAUCUGGAUUUGACUUUGAAUGACACAACAACAGUAGAGGGAAAGAACUGUCAUGUAGAGCACCAGCUAGAUAUGUAUUUGUUUCCUGCUUUUUACAGCAUUUUGAUUAUCAUCAGUAUUCCCACCAAUGCUGCAUCUCUUUAUGUAUCUUGUUGCCAGGUGAAGAAAAAAAAUGAACUGGGAAUCUAUCUCUUCAGUUUAUCUUUAGCUGAUCUGCUAUACACUCUCACCCUGCCCCUAUGGAUUUAUUAUACGCAGAAUGAUGACAACUGGACUCUUUCACAUAACCUUUGCACAGCUGCGGCUUUCCUCAAGUACCUGAAUUAUUACACCAGUUCAGGAUUUCUCACCUGCAUUUCAGUGGAUAGAUAUUUAGCUGUGGUUCAUCCGCUGCGGUUCCAUUAUCUGCGUAAAAGGAGAUUUGCCUUCUUUGUCACUGUUAUGGUUUGGGCCUUUGAAAUUGCAUCAAACGCCAAGAUUCUAUAUAAAGAUGACACAUUUGAAGACAAUAACUAUACAAAUCAUACUCUUUGUUAUGAUACAUAUCCUCUAAGAGACUGGCAAGUCAUGUUUAAUAUUUACCGGGUCUGCUUGGGAUAUGCAGUUCCUUUGACUGUCAUGGUGUUCUGUUACCACAAAAUAUACCAAGCUAUAAAAAAUAAUCAAGCCACGGAAGACAGGGAGAAAAAGAAAAUCAAGGACUUAUUGCUGACCAUCGUUGUUACCUUUUUUGUGUGCUUCACUCCCUACCACAUUGUGCUGCUUCUUCGUAGUAUCUAUGAGCCAAACGAUUGCCCCUUUGCUGAGAGAAUGUAUAAGCCUUAUAGAAUUACAACUGCGUUGACAAGUUUAAAUUGUAUACUGGACCCAAUUCUUUAUUGCUUUGCAAGUGAAGUUGGAAGAACAGAUGUCCAGAACAUGUUCAGGAGGUGUUUUUCUGCAGGCCCCAGCAAUGUGAAACAGUCAAAAAAUGUUGCCUUGUCCUGCAGUUCACAGGUAGAAACUGGGAAAGUUCCAGAAUCAGCCUGUUUUCUGUAGGCUUUGCCACGACAGAGGGCUCAACUGGACCAAUAUGAGAAAAGAGGUCUCAAUUCCUUCAUAAGGUUGAAGCCACAGUUCGUCAAAGCAGACAUCAGAAGAACCUUCAGAUUAAAGAAUCAGCUGCUUCUGCAAUUUGGCAAUUUUUUCAUCAGACAGUCCCCAAAUGCUCUUUCUGCCCCUGCCCUUGGAGGGAAGAGCCUGCAACAUCUACUUUGUCAUCAGAUACCAAGACCAAACUCCCAUACACUCAUUCAUGCAUUCCUAAUUGUUUGAAAUAUGAGAAAUUUAAUUGAAGUAAGUUUCUUUGGAAGCCAGUCUGGGUUAAACAGUAAUAUACAGGGAAGGACUGCCCCAUCCAAAGGCCAAGGCACCCAGCUGUGGCCCCGCUCCAUUGCCUUCAGAGCGCUUUCGGGUGGCACAAAGAGACUUUAAAAAAACCCUCCUCAGCCUCUGAAAAGCCCUCCUUAACUCUGAAUGGGCUUACGCCACACUUUUUGGUGGCACAAAUCUGAGGCAGUAGCAGCAGUGUUUGUGGGGUGAAUGCCUAGGUGGUAGCUGACUGUAGUUGGCUCCACCCCCACCACCCGGAAACACCUUCAGCACACUGUGGCUGCACCAGAGGGCUGUGACAUCUGCCCACCAGCAUUUAUGCCUUUCUGCUGGGGUAGGUGCCCCGGAGAGGGCAAAUUCAUCAGCGUGGGCCUGUACCACAUCUGGAAGGCAGUUUGCCCCCCUCCACUGGAUGGAGCUGUGAGUUUCAUAAGAGGGCCAUAAGCAGAAAAGCAACAAUAGAUUAUUUUAUACUCUGAUUUUUCAUGUAUCAUUACGUUAA